CCUUAUUUGCGUGUACAUCGUCUAUCGUAGUUGAAGUUCGAGUAGAGCUUCCUGUGUCAGUGAUUGUGGGUGUUAAAUGUUUACGUUGAGUUUUAAAUUGAAUAAAUAGAUUUUAAAUAAAUUGUUAUUGAUCUAGGAACAACUGGUAUGUUAAAUAAACUACACAAUUGAGAGAACAUGGCGGAUGAAGACGACACUGGAACGUCUGCUCUAAAGGACAACCCACAAGACACGAUAGCAGUCGAAGAUGUCGCUCUGAAGUAUGUAAACGUUCAGGCGCACGAACAGCUGACUGAGGAAUGGGUACACCUGAAACAAUCAGAGACACAAGAUGAUACCCAACCAAUAAAAGCUAGGUCAAACGACGAUGAGUAUUCUGAUCGCACAGAAACUAGAGAAAAUGCUUUGCCGUUGAGUAUACCCGAUGAUCUGCUUCGUUUGGUGGAUGAUCUAAUGUCCCGGUUAAUAAAAUUGGAAAAUCAAGAUAGGCGUAUAAGUAAGCUUGAAGACUUAGUGAAAGGUAUACAAUCACCAAUCGAGGUCAAAGAGGACUUAGAUAAGAUUGAGAUUGAGACAGGUCGUACAGAUGGAGCUCUUCAUAAGCAAGAUAAUUUGCAAUCUGAAGAUAUUGAAAAAGUGCCACCCAGGCUAGAAGAAUUCCAGCAGAUUCAAAACUUAGAGGAACGUAUAAGAACGCUCGAAGACUUAAUACGACCACAAAUCGUUCAUUCAGAUGUAGUAGAGAAGAUAGAUCAGAAUGACAUGGAGAUAGAGCGUAUAGAUGGAACUCUCAAUCGGCAAGAACAAUUGAACGCCGAGGAAAUAAAAAUCUUGCGACAAUGGAUUCAGGAAACUCCUUGGCAAAUUCAAUUUGCUGAUCAGCGCGGUAUUAACAACCGCAUAAAGGAACUUGAGACCGAAAUGGAGAAAGUUACGAAAGAGAGAGACAACCUGAAAUCAUUAAAUGCCCAGGUUAUUCCAGAGGUAAAGCACCUAAGAAAGGAACAAGACAAAAUUAACAGAGAAAAUAACGAACUAAAUGAAACAAUCAAUUUACUAAAAAACGAUUUGUUAAACAAUCAGAAAGCUCUGAAAACUGCCAGAAAGCAGCUUUCCAAUACUGAGCGCAUCCUUGACGAUUCGAGAAGAACGCACAAUCACAUGAAAGCUGAGUUAGAAGAAAAAGUCGCAUCUCUUGAGAAACAACUAAACACGCUAACUGCCGAACGUGAUGAUUUGAAAAACAGGUACAGCAAGUUGGCUGGUCACAAGCUCACCGAUCAGAAUCCUGACAUAGCGGACCUGAGUGAUCCUAACAGAGCCAUGAAGUUGUCCGAACGCUUCGGGACUCUGUAUGAUGACGAAUGGACGAACGCAUUUGAAGAGCUAAGUGACAAGCUGAAUGUAGAAAAGCAAGAAGCUGUAACAUUUUUACUGCGAUGUUUACAUGAAUGCUGGACUAAAAGUCAGGACUUAGCCUCAGACUGGAUGGCUGCCUUGAAUAAUGCCUUCAUCUUUCCGAUUCAAAAUCCAGAGCCGAAUCAGGACUUUGCUGAUGUCAGGCGGGGUGAGGGGCUUGGGUCAAAGGAGCUACGUGCUAUAAGAGACGCUCGCAGAUUGAUUGGUCCGCACGUUGCAGAUAUGGUGAAACAGCACUGUUUAACACAGAUAUGUCAGGACGAAAAAGAAAAACUAGCUGCGUGCAAACCUUAUUUGGAGAGUUGCGCGGAAAUAUGCUGGCUAAUGGCAUUGGCGGACCCUCCUCUGUACGUUGAUUUUACUGCCCAGCAAGGAGAUGCGUUUGAUUCGACACGCUACACAGUGUAUGAGAAAUCUGGAACGACAAUACACUACUUGGUGUGGCCACCUUUGUACGCCAGCAAGGGUGGGGGAUUAUUGUCAAAGGGAACGGCAGCAACGCUCAGAACAAUAGAGAGAAGCGACCACGAUAAUGCAUAAUGACAGAAGCAUAUUUCAUAUUUGUUUGAUAAAACGUAUCAUUCAGUUUAUGUUCUUGCUAAAUAUAUGGAUAUUUUUAUUUUAUGAGGAACAUGUUUGCUUUUGAUUGUAUGGGUUGUAUUAUUUGUUAACUUUUUUCGGUAAUUUAUAUUAUUUGCGUGGAUGCGACGUGUGAAUUAUAUUUCUUGCGAGUAUUUCAAACGACCAGUCAUGUUUUAAUCAAACGACCAGUCAUGUUUUAAUCAAUAGUAUAAAUGUUAAUUGGUUGUUAAGUGGUAGAUUACGUAUGUGCUUUGACGAAAAACAUCUUAAUAGUAUAUAAUCAUGUUGUCGAAUGUAUUUUAUUAUGGUGUUGAAGCAUGUGCAGAUUAUCGUUGUUUUAGUAACAUUUAUCAGUAUGGAUGAUGUAACAACCUAACUUUUGACAGUUAAUGUUUUUCAUUGAUGGUGGUCAGCAUUUGUCGUUGAUAAUAUGACCCGCGUUAUGCGUAAAUGGGUCUUAUGCCAUAUGUGGCAGCGUCGUUCGAGAGAAGCCUAUGCACCCGCGUAGUAUGGUCAGGAGCUAACAUGUCCGCUUUAAAGUCAUGCAAGGUUUAUCGGGCGAAUGAUCUAACAGCACAGAUUCUGAUAUGUCUGUUCGAAUGCUCUAGCUGGUGUGAACCUACGCUGGCCGCACAUGACAUAAAGUCCUUUUACGCAUGACGCGGAUAAAAUAUGAUAUACAGGCUUGAUUAUUACCUGUUUAAAUUAUACUUUUACUAUAGAGACGUUAAAAGACACAUUGUGAUCUAGUUGUUACUUGUUAACUAUAAUGUGUGUAAGAAGUCAUAUCAAACCAACCAAGAAAUUGUGUGAUAAGAUUAAUUACAAUAAAUAUAAUACUAGAAUGAAA